AUGCCUAACGAAGACUUCCAGCUAUUCACGUCUCUGCGAUAUGACCCAGAGCUUCUCACUGUACCCAAGAGACACCUCGACAAUGCGGGGUGGAACGCCAGAAUGACCUCCUCCUUUUACAUGCUGGAUCUUCACCGGGAUCGGAUGCUGCGAGCUGCCACUUACUGGAAUUGGACCCCUGCCAUUGAGACUCUCCGGGGCGCGGCCGGUCUCCAAAGGCUAACUGAGGCGAUUGAGUCUUUCUUGGCCCAGCACGGGAAGGAAAGUGCUCUGAGAGUCAAGGUCAUACUGACCUCGGAAGGGAGUCUCAGCUGCGAAGCAUCAAGCGUUCCCGCGGUUCCUCUGGGGAACCUUUUCCCGCAGCGGCUCCCGUCGCCGGGAAGUUCCCGGCAGGCUGGAGAUCCGUCACAGGAUUCCCCCAUGGAGGUGGUGAUUGACAAAACGGAGACUCCACAAUCAGAGUACACCCACUACAAGACAACAAAGCGGGCCAUGUAUGACACCGCGCGAGACCGCGAGAGUAUCGCCCUAACAGAUCGCAAGGAAGUGCUCCUCGUCAACUCGAAGAGUGGCAACAUCAUGGAGGGCAGCUUGACCACUCCAUUCUUCUGGAGAAAUGGCCGGUGGGUCACUCCACCGGUAUCUACCGAAUACAUCCCGGAGAAUGGCAGCGGCGGGCAAGACGGGACCACCCGCAGAUGGGCCCUUGAACGCUGUCUGGCUGUGGAGGAGGAGGUCACAGCCGGCAGCGUUGUGGAUGGAGAGCCAUGCUGGCUCAGCAAUGGUGUCCGCGGUUUCACCUUUGGAAAGGUCCAGCUUAACCCUACCAAAAAAAAUUGA